AUGGUUAUUGAAGUUCCUAAAGAAAUUAAAGAAGAUUUCAAAAAAUGGUAUCAUCAGUUAAAAUUAUUAGGAAAAGUGAAUAUUCUACGUUGGAUUUCUAGUACUCAUAAAACAGAUAGACAGACGUCAUUUCAUGUUUUCGUCGAUGCUAGUCAAAUAGCUUAUGUGGCAGUGAUUUAUAUAAGAACACAGACUGAAACAGAUACGAAAAUACAACUGAAUGAUGCUAAAUCAAAAGUAUCUCCAAGUAAAAAGAUGACUAUUCCAGGUUUAGAGCUUCUUGCGGUAACUAUUGGUGCAAGACCGAUGAAAUCUGUCCUUGAAACUAUGGUUUAUGACCAACAAGAGAUUUAUCUUUGGAGUGAUUCAACAAUACUAUUAACAUGGAUACAAGAAGAAAGACAAUGGGCUACUUCUGCUUGGAAUCGCGUUCAAGAAAUUCGUAAAAUAACUAAUAUUAAAUGUUGUAGAUAUGUACCAGGAGUCCUGAAUCCAGCUGAUCUUCCUUCUAGAGGGUGUACAACUAUUUAUUUGAUUGAGUCAAAAUGGUAG